CAUUUUUAUUAUUUACAGCUCAAAAAAUAAAAGCAGUAUUAUUUUUAAAUCAUAUUUUAUGCCUAUUUUAUUUUUUUACUUAAUCGCAACCCUCUAACAAGCUUUUGUAUGUAAUCCAUAUCAAAUUUAGUUAAACAUUUUUUUAUUCUCUUUCUGAGUUGAUUAGUAUUUGAAGCAAAGACAUUAUUGUCCUACACUUUCCUUUUUAAUUGAGUCCAAAAGUCCUCAAUAGAACCAGUUCCUUAGAGAUAUGCAGGGUUUUAUUCCUUAGUUACCACUGGUAUAUUGUUUUUAACUAAAAAAACAAUCACCAUUUUUGCAUAAUGUGGUAAAUCUAGCCAAAGUAUGUAAUUGUGAUCAGAAUGGUACUGUUUCAAAAAUGUUAACAAUAUCUAGCUUUUAAACAUUCUUCCUUAUAUACAUACUGGUUAAUACAGGGUUCAUGGCACUCAGGGAAAACCUGGAAAACCAGGGAAAAGUUUUAAAAAUUUAGAAAAUCAGGGAAUACCUGGAAAAGUCAGGGAAUAUUUGUUAAAAAUCUGUAAAAUCAGGGAAAACUCAGGGAAUUUUGUUCAGUAUUAUAUUUAGCUUGAAGUUAUUUUGCAAAAUACACAUUUUGAGUGUUUAUUGUUGUUGAAAAUUGCUCACUAAAGUGUUUUUUUAACUUUUAUAUUAUAUAGUAACUAUAUGUUUAGCUAAAUGUAUAAAUAAAUAUAAUAAUAUAAGACAUGACUUCAGAAAAGACUUAUUUUCAAGAGGAUUGGUUACAACAAGAUAUUUAUAAAGAUUGGUUAGUUCCCAACGCACAUGCAAAAACUAAAGCUUAUUGCAAAAAAUGUAAAAAAUCAUUUGAAUUGUCCAAUAUGGGUAUUCAGGCUGUUAAAAGUCAUGCAGCAGGUAAGAAGCAUCAGUCUGCUACAAAGCCUGUUAGUUGUUUCUUUAUUAAUGGAAAAGAGUUGCAUGCUGAACCACUUGGAAGUGAGGAAAAAAUAUCCACAUUUUUCACCAAAAAACAAGCAACUAUUGUCUCUUUAAUUAAAUCAUCGUUAUCAACUAAUGCUGAGAUCAUAUGGGCCCUGAAAUCUACAAUGAGCUGCUACUCUAAUAACUCAUGUGCAAAUUUAAAUGACACUUUUAAAAAGAUGUUUCCUGAUAGCAAGGUAGCAGAAGAUUUCACUAUGAGCACCUCAAAAGUAUCAUACAUUGUUAACCAUGGACUAGCCCCAUACUUCAAGACACUUUUAAAAGAAGAAAUCACAAAGUCUGAUUGUUACAUUGUAUCUUUUGAUGAGAGUUUAAACGACAUAACCCAAACUUGUCAGAUGGAUCUACUUGUUCGGUAUUGGGAUGGCAAUGACAAAGUUAAAGUGAGAUAUUGGACAUCAACAUUUCUUGGUCAUUCUGCAGCUUCUGACCUUCUUACACAUUUCAAUGAAAACUUAUCAAGAUUUGAUUUAAGUAAAAUGUAUCAAGUAUCCAUGGAUGGACCCUCUACGAAUCUGAAAUUUCUAGAUGAUCUUAAUAAACACAGAAAGGACAACGAGAUGCCACAACUUAUAAAUAUUGGAAGUUGCUCUUUGCAUGUAAUCCAUGGUGCUUUUAAAACAGCUAUCGAAUCAACAGCAUGGAAUAUUAAAGAAAUUUUAAAAGGGUGUUGGCAAAUUCUUCAUGAUAGCCCAGCUAGACGUCAAGAUUAUGAAACAGUCACAGGUGCAACAAAAUACCCUCUUUUUUUUUGCGGAACAAGAUGGGUUGAAAGUAAAUCUGUUGCAGAUCGUUGCAUUGAAAUCUGGCCUAAUAUAUGUAAGUUGAUUGAGUUUUGGGAAAAGUUACCAUCUUCGAAACAACCUAAAUCAAAAAGCUUUUUAAAUGUAAAAACGGCUGUUAAAGACAAACUUAUUAUUUUAAAAUUUGAAGUUUUCAGCUUUGUUGCAAGCAUAUUAGAGCCAUAUUUGUUGGCAUACCAAACUGACAAACCAAUGAUUCCAUUCAUGUAUAGUGACUUAGAAAAACUGUUACGAACCAUACUAAGCUUGUUUGUGAAACAAAAUGUUAUUGAUAAUAGUUGUAUUUCAGUACAACUAAAAGAAGUUGAUUUUCAUAAAAAAGAUAAUCUACUUAAAGGAAAUCAAAUCAAACUAGGGUUUGCAGCUGAAACAAGACUGGCUGCUUUACGAAAGAAAGAUAUAAUAACCAUUGCUGAUAUUCAAAGUUUUCACAAAGAUUGCACUAACAUGUAUGUUCAAUUGAUUGAAAAGUUCACGGACCGAACUCCACUAGGAUCUAUCAUUAUACGCAACUCUCAGGUUCUUAAUCCAAAUGCAAUGGUAGUAAUGACUCAAGAAGAUGCUGAGAAGAAGUAUAAAUCUUUAUUGACCCACUUGAUUAGCUUGAAAUAUGUUUCACCAAUCUUUUCUGAUAAAGCUAUAAAUCAAUUUGCAGAUUUCUUUAGAGAAUCAAGAGUUUAUCAAGACAUCUUUCAUGAGUUCAAUCGAGAAAGAGAUAGCUUAGAUGACUUCUAUUUUAAAAAAUUUAACCUAAAUAAAUAUAAAGAAUUUGCAUUGACUGUUAAAAUAUUAUUAACACUAAGCCAUGGACAAGCCUCAGUUGAGAGAGGUUUUAGUAUAAAUGCCACAGUACUAGAACAGAAUUUAAAUGAAAAAUCAAUAACUGCAAGACGUUUAGUCAAAGAUCAUAUGCUAUCAAAUAAUCUUCAGCCACAUAGUAUUGAAAUUACUAGCAAAAUGAUCAUUAGCGUAAAAUCGGCACACGAAAGAUAUAGAAGCUACCUAAAUUCAAUCGCAGAUACAAACAAAAAAGAAGCAAGUCAAUUGGCAAAAAAAGUUGUUAGCGAUGAAAUAAAAGAUGUUGAAACAAGGCGAGAUCAACUGAAGAAAACCAGUGAAAUGUUGCAGUUUGAUUUUGUAAAAUUUGUGGAGGAAGCAGAGGAGAAGCAAGAUCUAGGGUUAAUUUCUAAAGCUAAUGCGAUGAAACGAAAAGCAAAUGAAAAAAAUGAAGAAAUAAAGAAAUUAGAGCUAGCACUUUGCAUCUUAGAGCAAAAAAGAAAAAUGCUAAAAUAAUAUAUUCGUUCUCACAUGAAGUUUAUAUUUUGUUAACAAAACACAUUAUUUUUUUCAAAGCAUAUAUAAAAUGUUAUUUUUUUAAUAUUUCUUUUAGUUAUCAGAUUAAUAUGGCUCUGUUUCUUGUUUAAAACACCUUUAACAGAUUGCUAUAAAUUAAUUAAAGACAGUCUCUGAUUUCUUAAAAAAUAGUGAUAAAAAGUAUUUAGGGAACAAGGAUUCAGUUGCAAUAGUAUUAUAUUUUUCAACAUUGAUAGGCAAAAUAUUUAGACUUUUCACCGCACAAACUCAGGGAAAAAAUACUUGAAAAUCAGGGAAAAUCAGGGAAAACUCAGGGAAAAUGGUUUUUCAAAACUGCCAUGAACCCUGUAAUAGUAAAACCAUUUUCUCUAACCAAUGAUUCAACAAAUCCUCUACACAAAAAUGCUAUCCAAACUAGUACUUUACCUUCAAACUUUGGAGUUUUUCCAUAUUUUAUCGAUGGGGAGUAUUUGCUUUAUUAUCAGUAUAAUAGAAUCUAUUUCCAUUAAUAGCACUGGUCAACAAAAUGGAACUCAUCAUGAAUAAAAAUAUUUUUUUCUGGAUAAACUUUUCACUCUGGUUCCAAAUAUCUAUUUAGUUUUUCUCUAUCACGUACACAUUUUGAGAUAAGGGCCCCUCUUAUUUUGCAAAUCUCAGGGAAAUUAAGACAUUUGCCUUAAGUUGUGUUGUAUGAAUUUGCAUCUCCUACCCUAUUACUAUCUUAGAUCCGUACAAUUGUCAACAAUUUUAGUCAGUAUUAACAUAUACAAUGUUUUAUUCACUACAAUUAUCACAACAUUGCUCAAAAUUGCCGUGAAUAUGACUUUCUUUUAAAGACUUUGUCUGGGUUGUCACGAUAAAGCUUCCAGCAGUAAUCACCCAUCAUGCUUUCAUUCCAAAACCCUUGAUAGCGAUUUUCCAUCAGUUGAAUAUCUUGAUGAAAUUGUUCACCUUGUUCAUCACUCACUGCACCCAGAUUUUCAGGAAAAAAUUUCAGAUGGGAAUGUAAAAAGUGCAACUUCAAAGACAUGCGACAUCCCAUUUUUUGAUAUGAAUCGAGCAGCUCUUGAAUGCCUUCUUCAUAUUCAGGUGACUUGUGGUUACCAAGAAAGUUAGCACAAACCCAAGUAAAGGCUUGCCAAGCUUCCUUUUCUUCAUCUGUGAGAGAAUUUUUGAAAUUAAUAUCUCGUAAAACCUCUCUAAUUUGAGGUCCGACAAAAGUUCCUUCUUUCAACUUUGCUGCACUCAUUUUUGGAAAUUUUUCCACCAAGUAUUGAAAUCUAGCUGAAUUGGAUUUCCCCAUUGCUUUUACAAAGUUCUUCAUCAAGUUUGAUAUGUAGAGGAGGUAAGAAAAUCUUUUGUGGAUCGACCAAAGGAAUAUUUUCAACACUAAUUCUUCCUGGCUCAUACUCAUUCCUUUGGUCCCAAUCUCGUUUCACGUAAUGCUCUGUUACAGCGCGGCUGUCCCACAAACACAAGAAACAGCAGAAUUUUGUGAAACCCAUUUGCAUGCCCAUCAGCAUGCCAAUGACUUUUAGAUCACCUCAGAUAUUCCAUUGAUGAGUUUUGUAGUUGAUUGCCUCAAGGAGAAUUUUCAUGUUUUCAUGCGUCUCACUCAGAUGAACAGAAUGAGCAAUUGGUAUGCAAGGCUUUUGAUUUCCUUUAUGCAACAACACAGCUUUCAAGCUUCGCUUUGACGAAUCGAUGAACAAACGCCAUUCAGAAGGUUCAUGCGGCUGUGAUAUAUUUUCAAACAGUCCACUGAUGUCAUUGCAAUAGCACAAUGGGCCAUCAACAGUAAAAAAUGUAGGUAAUUGAAGAUUACGCUUUUGGUAGUGGCACACUUUAACGUUUGUUGCAAGCAAAUUUUUUUGUUUAAGUCGUGACCCUAAAAGUUCUGCUUUUUCCUUUGAUAAGGUUAAGUCUCGGACCAAAUCAUUUAGUUCUUCUUGAGUGAAUACUUCUGGCAUUUUUUCGACAUCAGGUGAAUAGUCAAGAUCGGCAGUAUCUUGAUGUUCAUCACAAGAGUCCACUUCCAUCUCAUCUUCGACAGAAUCUAAUCCAUCUAUUAGAGGCAUUGGAACUGGCCUCAUUGCCGAAUCCAAAUCUGGAUAAACGAUUUUGUGCCUCAUUUUCAAUGAAAAUCUAGUUGUAUUAACAAUGCAAAAAUAACAAUCAGUUACAUGAUCCUUUGGCUCCCGCCAUACCAAGGGUAUGGCAAAUGAAAAUGCAGUUUUCCGUUUGUGAAGCCAGUCACGCAAUCCACUAGAGCAGCUUGUGCAAAUAAUAUGUGGAGCCCAUGUUUUAUCUUGAUCACCUAACGGACAUCCAAAGUACAAUUUGUAGAUUUUUGACAAGUUCGCUGUAAUUUUAAAUCAAACCUGAAAUGAGGUAUAAUAUCAUUAGUAAUUGCCACUAAUCUCAAAACAUAAGGCAUGUCAUCUCAAAAACUAGACGUGCUACAAAAAAACUGAGCACAGAUUUGAAAUCUGCACAAAAAAAUGUAUUUGGGCCACCAAAAAUCAAGUCUGAUGAAAAAUUGUUGUUGACCAGUGUAGUUAAAUGCGAAAGUGUGAAAUAAAAUUCAUAUCCUUGUAAUUCAUAUGAAAAAAACAGCAUUUGCUUCUUGCUUCCACCAUCUUAACAAAACUUCUAUUUUAAUUUUCUUAAAACAAUCUCUAGUUUUUGAUUUAGAAAAUACGGUUGACUGCAAUUGAAUUUUUUAGCUAACUUUCUUUGUGAUAAACCACUUUUAUUGUUUGUCUAUUGUCUCAAUCAAUUUAAACUUGUGUAUCAGAAAUAACAGCCGGUUUACCUGCUCCUGAUUGUUUAUUUGCAUUAAUUCCAUCUUCAUUAUGCUCAAUUGUAUAAUAAAUGGUUGAUUUGUUUGCUCCUUCAGCUACAAGAUGAUCAACUGUAUACUUCUUUCCUUCGUUUAUAUUAUUUUCAUAAAACUUUUACACGUUUUUGUAAGAGCUCUUUUUUAGACAUGGUUUAUAAAUAAAACUUUCAAAAUAAUUCAGAAAGAUAAAUAUGAUUUUUGUAGUACGUUAAAUCGAGUUUAUUAAAAAAACCACAUAAUUGUCCAAAUGCAAAAAAAUGACCUAUUUAUUUCAAAACAAAGUCAUUCUGGAUAAUUACCUAUUGUGUUAUAUACUUUGUUGUUGUGCUGGGAGUAUGAAGCCUACUUUGUUUAACUAAAACCGUGAACGCUUUUUUACAAUUUAUUAAUAAUGGUCUAAAAACUUGAAAAAAGUAAGUAAAAGUUUGUUUUAGUUAAUUUUAAAAUUGUUUAUUACCACAAUAUAAAUAAAUCAAUGGAAUAAAUAUUUAUUUUUACUUUGUAAAUUAGGGGCACAUGACAUGGGAAACAACAAUGCCAGCUACUCUUGGGUAUUUUGCUGGAAUGUUAUGGAAU